CGUAAUCUCGUUUUUUAGUAGUUGUUCUUCAUAUUUUGUUUAUUAGUGACUGAUAUACAAUUUGGAAUGUAUUUAAAUUGCAUUCAAGAAUUGUCAGUGAACGGUACCUCAUGAUUCUGUCUUCCUCUAACUUAAGACAGUCAAAAACUACAUUUAGUAUUGAUGAUCUUGACAAGAAAUAUUGGUGUAACACAGUGAUAGCAUAUUUAAUUGCAGUAAAUUUUUAAGGUUAGAUGAAGGGUGGCACAGUGAUUUGAUAACCAUAUCGCAAUUGGAGUUUUUUUUUAUGAAGUAUCAUAACGCUUAACGUUUUCUUCAUUUUGACAUAAGUAUACGAAAACUUAUAAAGAAAUAACGGUGUAAAUUUAAAUGACAAUAAAUAAUUAUGGCAACAUCUGGUUCUGAUAAAAAGCCAAGAAUAAUCAUUCUAGGAGGAUGUGGUUUCAUAGGUCGUAAUCUUGUAGAAUAUUUACUUGAUAACGAUCUUGUGUCUUUUAUACGUGUCGUAGAUAAAGUACCGCCGCAAACCGCUUGGCUAAAUGCUAAACACCAACAAUUAUUUGAGCAUCCUUUGCUUGAAUUUAAAAGUGCUAAUUUAAUCAAUGCAGUAUCUUGUCAAAAUGCAUUUUUAUCUGAUAAUCCAAUUGAUUUUGUAAUCAAUUGUGCUGGAGAAACAAAAAGUGGUCAAACAGAUCCUGUAUAUAAAGAAGGAAUUUAUAAGUUGAGUAUGAAUUGUGCUCAACAAGCUGCAAAAUUACAAGUCAAUCAUUAUGUAGAAAUAUCUUCUGGUAAUUUUAAUACUUCUGAAAAACAUCCUCUUAAAGAAGAAGAAUCUGGAGAACCAUGGACAUUUGUUGCAAAAUAUAAAUUACAAGUAGAGAAUGAUUUAAAAUAUAUACCAAAUUUAAAUUAUACAAUACUUAGACCUGCUAUUGUAUAUGGUUGUGGUGAUAGAAAUGGAUUAGCACCACGUUUAGUGGUAGGAGCUGUUUAUAAACAUUUAGGAGAAAUGAUGAAGUUACUUUGGGGACCAGAUCUUCAUAUGAAUACAGUUCAUGUGAGAGAUGUAGCUAGAGCUAUUUGGCAUGUAGUAAAUAGCCCAGAUACUAUAGGAAAAACAUAUAAUGUUGUUGAUGAAGAUGAUUCAACUCAAGGAUCAAUCAGUGCUAUAGUUUCAGAAUUAUUUAAUAUCAAUCAUGAUUAUUGGGGUACUGCAUUAUCCACUCUAGCUAAAGUAUGGAAGAAAAUUUUUAUUAUUUUUUUCUUUUUUUAUAUAUAUAUUUAUUUAUAUUAUUCUUUAUGUAUAUUUUAUUAUGUAGGUUUAUAUUGUUCUAUAUGUAUAUUUUAUUAUGGUGGCAGUUAUAGAGGUAUAUUUAUUUGA